CUCAACCCACAAGAACAGCGCGAGCUGCAAAGCCGCAUGGAAAAGAAGCAGAUGAAGGAGUUCAUGAACGUCUACUCGAACCUUGUCCAGAACUGCUUCAACAGUUGCAUCAACAGCUUCGAGACCAAGUCGCUCACCUCGCGGGAAGAGAGCUGUGUGAUGCGCUGCGUAGACAAACAUCUCAAGAGCCAGACGCGGUUAGGAGAGCGCUUCCAGGAGCAGAAUGCCGCCAUGGCACAAGCCGGGGGUCUGCCUGGCCGAUAG